CAUUUUUUUGUCACCAGUACAAUUCUCGGAGCAUCGAUAAAAUAAGGUCCAGCGCAAAAACUAUUCUCGUUUGAUUUACUGGUAAUAUUAAUAACAUCUCAGUUUGGAUAUCCAUUCUUGAAAUUUCCAACGAAACUGUAGAGCCCAAGACAGAUAUCUUAGCUUUCAAACUGGUUUGGCUUCUUGUUCCUUUAAGGUUUCAGACAAUCGCUGAUCAAUAUAAUUACAAGCUUCAAUUUUGAUCGUGCUUGUUUUUUCUUCACGAAAAAAUACGUCGCCGUUGUAAAUGACCCCACAAUUUGUGGUAUAUUCGGACCAGGUAUUUGAAAUAAUUAUAGUUAUCGACUUUAUGAUCAUGUUCACCUUUUGCCUCCUGUUGCUCAUUUAUCUGCGUCUGAAACGCCACGUCGCUUUGAAAGGAGAUGCACAAGCGACAAGUGAAGUAAUUUUGCCAGCUUUCGAGCCACUUUUGUGGAUUCUUGCAGUUGUCACCGGAGGCUUUACACUAUUUUAUUUCAUCGAAGAUUCCCGGUUUAGAAUCCCAUAUCUCGUCCUUGAGGUUUUCUACGCUAGUCGCAUGUUUGUCUUCAUGCUUGCGAUCGUCUACAUGUGUCAAAAAAGUGUGUCGGUGCCUGCUCUUGGUCGUGCUGUGGUCAAGUCGGUUCUUCUCGCUUCGUACACAGUUCCGGUAGUGGGAUUGAUCACUUAUCUUGCACCCGAUGGUACUGGAUUGUUAAUUAUCGUCAGGCUUGUGAUUCGACCGACUAUCCUGGGCUAUUUUAUUUAUGUGUGUUUUAUCGAACCACCUGCAGGACGAGCAAGCCCGAUGACCUUGCGGACUUGCUGCAUUUACAUUAUCAUAUAUCAUGUGCUUUUAGCCAUCAAUACAAUAUGUCCAGAAUACAUUACGAUCGAGGUGUGUUCGGAUACACCUUACAUAAUGUUAGUUUGGGCCUCAGCCAGCCCACUUUUCAUCUGGCGUUUGCUACGUGCCGACACAGAGUAUUGGAGAGGAAUGGGUCAACGAGCAUGGGAUUUACAACGCGUAAAUCAGGAUUCUGGACUGCACGUGGAAUUUGACAAAAGGAUCUCUUUUAUACGCCAUAUCGUUUGACAGAAGAAGAUGUAGCCGAAUUUUCUCAUGAGGCAGCGCUUUGUGCGUCAUUGAAUCAUCCAAAUAUUGUCACUUUCUUUGG